AUGAAUGAAAAGGGCGCCGCUGAAAGCAUGCCGUGGGGGGGCGUGCCAACGUGCGCCCUACCUUGCGGCCUUCAAGUCUAUUUCCCCGCAACGUCUCCUGAUCCCAACGUCGCGCACGCCGAACCUCGGUUCAGCGCAAGGACGGCCCAGUGCAUGGAGACGUUGCGGGAAUGGAGCGAGAUUGCCGCGAUCGACCCCAGAGGAGUCCGCAUGGGCGAGGCGGCCGCUUGCCGUGCCAGCGACGCCCCCAAGAUAUGGAAUAUAAGCUUGGUUGACGACUGGGAGAAUAUACAGGACUCGCUACUCUCGUCCACCGAGGAUCACAUCUUUGACAGGGCUACGGAGAUUAACCACAUGUGCGACAUCGAGGUUUCAUGCGGCGACAACUUUGAGCUCGACUUCGCCGCCGUAGCGGGCCGGACUCAGGGCGAGGUGCUGCUGGAGGGUGGCAAUUACGCUGCGCAGAGCGACGACCGCCGGGCACCUCGCGAGGCGACCAAUGACGAUGGCGACGCCGCCCUCAACGAGGGGAACACGCACCCGCCCGCAAUGGGCAAGGCAUAUCGAGAACGCAUUGCCGCGAUUCUGCGCGAUGACGCGGGCGCUGAGACCAUGGCAUUCCGCGCGCACCUCCAGCGCGGGAAAGCGUCAGGCGAAGACGGUGCCCCGCCCAUCGAUGGAGACGACGACGCAGGUUUGCGGGCCGCCCACAUUGAGCUGGCCCGGCAGCUGGAGGAGCAUCGCGACUCUGGCCCUGAGUCCUUCGCAGACAAAGGAGAAAAGCGGGGCAGUGGUUUCCAGCAGGGAACGCUGGAGUGGUCACGUGAUUUGGCGGGUGAUGCGCCACUAGAGCUCCUGCGUCGCCUGUCCCCUGAGGACGGAGCACGGGCGCGCCGGUUCCUGCGCGCCCGCUACAACGCGGUUGAGCCGCGCUGCCUCCCGACGCUCGAGUUUGGCUUCAUUUCGACGGACCUGACUGGUGAAUUGAGCGCUUGCGUGGCAUUGGAUGCCAGCGUUUUCGGCCAGGAAGAUCCGCAUCCGCUUUCGGAGGCGCACGUGCUAACCUUCGAGCAACGCAUCUUCGAGAACCAGGAGAUGGCCAAGAAGCUGGCUCACUGGUGGAUCAGGAGAAAAGAGGCCGAACUCUACAAGGCCUUGGGGCCGUCCAACGGCGGCAAGGUGGCCGGGAACGACGGCAAGGGAGCCAAGAGGCCUCCGGCUGCGAGAGACCUCCAGCUGGGCGCGGCCUGGCAUGCUGAGGCCGGCGCCUCGCGGUACCUCGCGGACAAUCCCCGCCCAAGGCUUGCGCGCAAGGCCUUCGACGGGCUCCGCGGAGGGCGGGAUCCCCAGCGAGGCGCUUGCCGGGGUCUCCUGUUCCCCGUGCCCAGGGCCUCGUUGCGCUCAACUCCAGGUGUCCUGGCCCGCGCCAGGUUCGAUCGUCUCACCGUUAGGACAUGGGUCGACGACUUGCGCGCCCGCAUGGCGGGCUCGUCCGGAUCCCUGAUCAAGUCCUUCCCCGAGGCCACGAAGUAUUUCAAGGCUGGGUUCGUAGAUUUGGGGGGCAGGUUAUCCCCCGAGCCGGCCCUCCUGUCGAUUGACAAUGACAUCGGGAACCAGGCCCGGGACUCCCGCGAGCUCAACGGGAUCCCUUUGAAGACCAAGUUGGGCACCAGGGACUUAGCGCAGGGUAUGGAGUGGGGCACAAUGGGUGCCAUGCAGCAGGAGGGGUCCAGGAUGGAUGUGACAUCAGAAGUUCACGUUGGCAGGUCGAGAGAUGGCACCGCGAUGGGCAUAAUAACUUCGCAAAAGGCGCUCGAAGCAGUUGGCGCGUGCUCGGCCUGGAAUCCCGGGCGCCGCUUCGAGGCAGGCCUCGGCGAUGGCUCAGUCUGCCCGAUGUGCGGGGAUCGCCGCUGCGACGACUAUCACAAGUUCCGGGGGGGGGCGACCAGCCAGCAUGUCUAUGGCUCCGAGGGCUGGCUCAUUCCAGCAGGUCUCGCUCUGAAGGCCGUUGAAGACCCCGCUCCCAAGCGCCCCGUCCUAGUUGGGGCUGGCGCCUUCCUGAAUCCUCCAGAGGCGAGGGGCGGCUGGCGCCUCGGCCCCGUGGAUGGUCCGCGAAGGCCAAGUUUCAUGCGCCAGGCGCGGGAGGCAGACCCACAGGAGGUGUUGCGCCCGCUGGCUCCGUUCCUCAUGCACAGAUACGAGAGCAGCGAGUUCGUCGCAAGGAGCCGCGGGAUCCGCAGCGGCGGCGCCGCCCUCCUUUGGGAGGCCCGAGACUCCGUGCCAGCCGCUGGCCAGCGCUGGCAGGGCCGGGUCGCGGGUCCUGCUCCUCAGCGGCCCAUUCGAGGGUUUCAAAGGAGUGGUUCGCAAGGACCUCGGCUCCUCUGUGCUCGUGGAGCUGCCGAACAAGACGGAGGUGACGGUGCAGGAGGGCGCCUUCUGCCUGGCAUGCGUGGCGCACAAGAGGAGGCUGCCGCAGACGGCGGGCGGGCGGGCGUCGGAGGGCAAUCACGAGCUGGGCGGCAAACGUGCGAGGCCGGCGGAGCCGGCAGAGCUGGCGGAGUGCGAGGCCAGGGACGGCGAGGAUCCUGGGGGACAUGCCAGGGUCCACGGCGCGCUGUGGCUCGGGUUCCUUUACUGCCUUGGGAGGCGACGCUCGCCGCGGCCCUCAGGAAGCAGAGCUACCUUCCCUUCGAGAGGGUGCAGUGCUUCAGUGUCUCGCGGAACUGCUGGGUCAACGCACGGGUGGCGUCGGUCUCCGAGAGCGGGGAAGUCACCGUGCUCUACGCUGGGCCGACUGGGCAGGUGGUGAAGCACCUGCCGGCUGCUUCGAAGGACAUCCGGCGGCCCCCGACGAGCACGGUGGCCCCCGAGGCGUUGCAUUGCUUCGAGAUCGGGCAUGCCGCGGAGGCACUCAGGUCCCAACAGGGCGCUGCUGUAUGGAAGGGCGUGGCGGGCCAGGGCGGCGACUCGAGGAACGAACGUGUGCCCGGCGCCAGAGGCGGCGCGUAGGCCAGCGCGUGAGAGAUCUGGCACCACCUCCGCUCCCUGUAGCGGACGCCAACGUGUAUAUUCAAUGCAUGCAGUUUUUUUUGAAUGGUCUCCAUCACUCACUCUUCCCCCCCCCUCCUUCCUCCUUCUUUGAGACCUCUCCCUCGUGGCUGCCUUCCUGCCAACGUUUUGACUCUUGAGAGCGACGCCGCAUACGUGAACACGGGACUCUGGCCCGACGUUUUUUUGCGAAGCGUUCAAGGGCACGGCGGAUCCUUCAGUGCUCGCUUUUGUAGUGAGCGGUCCGGUGUAUAGUCGCCUCAUGUGGGUCACAGAGGACACGAGCCGUCCCACAGAGAACAGCUAAAGCAGUUGCUGUGUGUUGACAAGCAGGUGUGCGCAAGCACAUCUGCUUAAGCUUCAUUGGAAGCAUCGCGCAUUGCAAGGAUGUGCGCGUUCAUGUCGGCCAUUGUUGUUGAUAGGUAGCUACGCGCAGAAGGAGACGCUUGCUUAGAGCAACCGUCUGUCUGUUGGCUGAUGCAUGCAUUGUCGUAGUUCCCGUUGAUGCUCAAAGUUUGCACAUGUAGCCCAUGCGGUAGACGGCAAUCUUAAUCGCGCGUCUGCGCAGAAAACAGGCGUGGCAAGAGUGGGGCUAUUUGUGCCAGGCUUGCUUGUCUUUGACACCCGCACUGUUAUGCCUUCUCUCGGUGCCAACUUCGAGUCG